AGCUUUUAACCUAAUAACUGUCAAACUCAUCAUCACGAUCUGCCAUUUGGUCAAUUAAUUUCAAUGAGCAAGUAAUUGUGGCCUCGUCUUUUGUUUCCUAAAUGUGACAGUUUACAGUCUUCAGAGUCUACACCCAUCUUCAGCUCAAUUACUUGAUCCCGGUAACCAUUUUACAACUACCCACGUGUUUUUUUUUAUAAAUAUUUAGGCCUUCAUUAUUAAAUUACAUAAGAAGUAAUUUUGACAUGCCAUACUGUGCCUGACUUACCAAAUUAUCAUAUAAUUCAUCUUGAAGUUUACUUAAAUUUUGAAGAUGUCAGCCUACUACACAUAUUCUGAAAGCAGCAGCAGUGACAGUGAAAGUUUUAGUGGAAAUGAAAACACAGUCGAUCUUUCACAUCAAAGCUUAGAUUACAACAGUUUUAUAAAUGUAUUGGAAGGAUAUGAAAAAGAUAAGUCCAAGGAAAACCAUGUUGUCCCUCAUACUAUUAACACAUUAGUUCUGUAUCAAAACCAGCUUGUGGACGUUCCGCCAAAUGUUUCCAUUUUUAAGAAUUUGAGAGUAGUUGACAUUAGUAGCAACAGAUUGAAAAGACUCCCAGAUAUUUUACUGACAUUUCCUUUGACGACUCUUAUUGCCAAGAACAACCUCCUUGACAACGAAUCCUUACCAAAAUCUUUUGAGUUAGUGAGUACUUCUCUGAAGAAUCUCAACUUAAGUGGAAACAACUUGUCACAUUUCCCACUUCAAAUCCUCGAAGCCAAAAACCUCUUGUUUGUUUACCUUGGGGGAAACCGAAUUGAAACAAUUCCUAAAGAAAUUGCAGCUCUCUCAAGGUUGCAAGUGUUAAGUAUGGGUGGUAACAUCCUGAGUGAGGUUCAUCCUUCGGUCGGGAGCCUAAAGGAUCUGAAGGCUCUGAUCCUGAGUGACAAUCUCCUGGAGAGUCUCCCGGCAGCUAUUGCCAGCCUCAGGAAUCUCAAGACGCUACAACUCCACAAGAACCGUCUAAGAACAUUGCCGACAGAAAUCAUUUCGUUGAAGUGCUUAUCUGAGCUCAGUUUGAGGGACAAUCCGCUGGUUUGCAGUUUUGUCAACGACAUGACAUACAAUCCGCCCAGCCUGCUAGAGAUUGCGGCUCGCACAAUCAAAGUACACAGAGUACGCUAUGAGGCUAGAGACUUGCCUUACAGUCUGCGCGAGUAUCUCAAUAGCGCUCACCACUGCGUCAACCCUAAGUGUCAAGGGGUGUUCUUCGACAAUCGUGUGGAGCACAUAAAGUUUGUUGACUUUUGCGGCAAGUACAGAGUUCCCCUUCUGCAGUACUUGUGUUCCAGCAAGUGCAUCAUGAACAACUCCGCAAUCCAACACCAGGGCCAUGCAGACAUCAUGAAGAAGGUGUUGUUGGGAUAAGACAUAUCUACCAAGGUACUUCACUGGCCAAGCUGGUCGAUCCUUAAACAAGCUGCAACUUUGCUUCAGAAACUUUGUUACCAUCUGGUUUCACCCAUGUAAAAUGAAACCCUGCUCUAUAGUAAUAGUUUCAAUACGUGAUUUUUUUAAAAUCCACUUCAAAUUGACAAAACAUACUCCAAUUGAACUGUACCUUGAAGGGGAUGAUAUACCCUGCUAGGAUUUGGCUUGGUGUGCACGCUUGUUAUUUAGAGACAACUCACAAACUUUCUGUAAUGACUUGCGUUCUUAAGACAAGCAUCAAUUCUCAUAUUCUCAAAUGUCCAUAACUGAAAUUACCUGCUCUACAAGAAAGGUAAUUUAAUCAGAUUAGUCAAUCAUUGUUCUACAAAAUGUAAGACAGUAAGGUAAUUUCCAUUUCCUGGAACUAAAUAUCUGAUGCAAAGCUGCAACAUAAAAUGUUACAACUGCCUCUAUUGUACAAUACAAUUUAGUCCAAAAAUGGACACUAAAAUAACAAUCUGUUUUUGUAUUUACUUUUGAGCUAUUGGUUGAUACAUAUUUACUUUUCAACAUAUUGUUUUUAAAUUGCAUAAUGUCGUUACGUACUAAUAUGAAACUUUGGUCUUGAAUAAAGUAAGAUGAGAAGAUCUUCUUGUUUGGUUCAAACUACCACCUGCAUAUGACACACAGCACUUGGUCUACAGCUAUACAAACAAAACUAGUAACAAUGUGCUUGUCUAGCGAUUUUCACUAGUACAUGUUGUUACGUUAUUCCUAAAUUAUUGUUUAGUCUCUAACUAUAAACUAAUUUUGCACACAUAAGUGUGUUUUUGUUGUUGUUUUUUUUACAUUUACAUUCCAUAUUUUUGUACUAACUUCUGAGAGUUUUAAACCAGAGGAAGUCUUCCUGAAUACAUGACAUAGUUUUUAUCUUUAAAAACUUCAAGAAGUGUGUCAACUUUUUAAAACUGUGUCAACAGAACUAUGCUGUUUCAAAUUGAAUCAUUGUCUUUCUUAAAAAUAGAGAUGUAGUGCCUUUUUUUAUUACAAAAUACCAGUACGGUAUAAAUAAACAGUGUUAAAUUGGCAAUCAUUAAAAGUACAAAUACUCAAACGAUUGCAUGACUGGGUAGAAAAACAUUAUUUCAGCUUGUCUGGUACUAAUUUUUGUUUCACUAAUAUUUUACAGCAAAAAUAUGCAUUGAUAAGAUAAUCACAUAGAUAACAGUAAUAACUUUGUUUUGCCAUACAUGCCAAAGUGUAUUUAAACCUCAAACUUACUUAUUUAGAUGAAAACUUAAAAAUUAAAAAUGCAUUUAUAUGUAGUUGUUUCUAAGUAAGGUACAUUACACAAAAGGUUUUACAACAAAUAAACUUCUGCUCACAUUUGCUUAACUUUAAGUUUGGCUUUUCAAAUCAAGUAUUUAAAAGUGACAGUUUGUAAAUUACUGUGAGUUACCAAAUAAGUUAAUUUAUUCUUUGUUGUAAAGUAUGUUUAUCAUGUUAUGUUAAAUAUUCACUGUUUGUUACCUUGGUUUGUCAUGUAGCCCUUAUUCUGCUGCAUUAUGUUGCUUUUACUUUUGUGGUGAUGGAUUUUUAAUGAAGAUUUAGUCACAUUUUUACAACAUAUAUUUGUUUUUUUUUAGAUUUGACUAAUCCAACUAAAGGAAUAUUUUUUGCAGACUGAAAUUAAUUGUAACACACUUGAAUUUUCACUAUUCAUUUCAGUAGACAAUCAAAUCAUAGAACAAUAAUAAAUCAGUUUACUUAAUUUUAAUGUAUUCCAUAAGUAAAACAAAAUAUUUGCACUAUUGUUUUUUUAUACAAAAGGAAAACAUUCCAAUACCUCAAGAAAUCAUCAUUGAUUUCUCCCCUAGCUAGUUUUAUAAUAGUCUAUAUUGUUUAGAGUUUUGAUUUAACUCAAAUUGUGAUAUGCUAAUAAAAGUGCCUUGAAAUGUGCCAUAAUUGUCUCUACUAAAUAAAGAAAUUGAUUUUGA